AUGAGAGAACUUUUGAACAAAGUGUUGUAUGGGUCAUCUAGCCCCCAAGGUGUCUCUCCCAAUGACGGCCCUCAAUCACUUAUUGUCCGACCACACCCAAAAGAUGACAAUCUCCUCGUUAUCAUGCCCGCCAGUUCGCCAAAAGAUGCACCUCCACUAUACACGAUAUCUAAGCGCUCGAGCAAUCCCAACUUUGUCCUACACCGCGGAUUUCCAGCCCCCGAAAACACCGUCGCAGUAGCAUCAAUGCACAUAAGCACAUCAACGGUUGACCUAUCAGUUUACAAUCAGCCCAUGGUUAUCAAGAACAGCUCCAUGACGGGGAGUUGGUCGUUUGAUACCCACAUGGGCAAGUUCAAGUGGAAAGUCAAUCAGUACACAGGAACGGGCUUCGAGUUGUAUGAUCGACAAGGGAAUAAAAUUGCAAAGUACGGAAAUGCAGGGCUGAUGAACUUUGGGGACAAGCAACUUAGUAUCUAUGUAUCCGGGGACGAAUUCUUCACUACCAUGGUGCUGUUGUCUGCUGUGGCCUCGAAGGAGUUGGCCAAGGUUAUUGAGGAGGUGGUUGGGGAGGUUGCUGGUGCAGUGUUGGGCGCUUAG